GGGCGACACCUCGGCCUGCGAGCAGAGAGGAAAGUUCAGAUUCCUCUAACAUAGGGAACCAGCCUUCCAGGAGGACGAGAAGGAAGGAAUGAGGGGAAGAGAGGACUACCUCCACCUUUUCCAUCCCGUUGGUCUCCUGGGUCUGGAGCACUGGGCUACACCCUCUCUGAACUAACACCUGGCGGUUGGGCGUGCCUCAGUUUCCCGGAGGCGGGGCAUUCCUCCGUCGCCGCCCCCCACCUCCCCUUUUUCCUCUUCCUCUUGGGGCAUCUGCUGCCGCGCCUCUAGCACUCGCGGAACUGAAACUAGGUGCCAGAAGGUCCGGAGGCGGGGGCCACGUCAGCAGGGCCACCCAGGGCUCGCGGGGUCCCGGCGGGUGCCAUGCGGAGGGGCGCACUCCUGGCGGGCGCCGUGGCCGCGUACGCCGCGUACCUGGUGCUGGGCGCACUGUUGGUGGCGCGGCUGGAGGGGCCGCACGAAGCCCGGCUCCGAGCCGAGCUGGAGACGCUGCGGGCGCAGCUGCUUCAGCGCAGCCCGUGUGUGGCUGCCCCCGCCCUGGACGCCUUCGUGGAGCGAGUGCUGGCGGCCGGACGGCUGGGGCGCGUUGUGCUUGCUAACGCUUCGGGGUCCGCCAACGCCUCGGACCCCGCCUGGGACUUCGCCUCUGCUCUCUUCUUCGCCAGCACGCUGGUCACCACCGUGGGCUAUGGGUACACAACGCCACUGACUGAUGCAGGCAAGGCCUUCUCCAUUACCUUUGCGCUCCUGGGCGUGCCGACCACCAUGCUGCUGCUGACCGCCUCAGCCCAGCGCCUGUCGCUGCUGCUGACUCACGUGCCCCUGUCUUGGCUGAGCAUGCGUUGGGGCUGGGACCCGCGGCGGGCGGCCUGCUGGCACUUGGUGGCCCUGCUGGGGGUCGUAGUGACCGUCUGCUUUCUGGUGCCGGCUGUGAUCUUCGCCCACCUCGAGGAGGCCUGGAGCUUCUUGGAUGCCUUCUACUUCUGUUUUAUCUCUCUGUCCACCAUCGGCCUGGGCGACUACGUGCCUGGGGAGGCCCCUGGCCAACCCUACCGGGCCCUCUACAAGGUACUGGUCACAGUCUACCUCUUCCUGGGCCUGGUGGCCAUGGUGCUGGUGCUGCAGACCUUCCGCCACGUGUCCGACCUCCACGGCCUCACGGAGCUCAUCCUGCUGCCCCCUCCGUGCCCUGCCAGUUUCAAUGAGGAUGAGGACGAUCGGGUGGACAUCCUGGGCCCCCAGCCAGAGUCGCACCGGCAACUCUCUGCCAGCUCCCACACUGACUACGCUUCCAUCCCCAGGUAGCUGGGGCAGGCUCUGCCAGGCUUGGGUGUGCCUGGCUUGGGACUGAGGGGCCCAGGCGACCAGAGCUGGCUGUACAGGAAUGUCCACGAGCACAGCAGGCGAUCUUGAGGCCUUGCCGCCCACCGUCUCUCCUUUGUUUCCCAGCAUCUGGCUGGGACGUGAGGGGCGGCACUCCCUGUCCCCAUGUCCCGGGCUCCACUGGGCACCAACAUAACCUUGUUCUCUGUCCUUUCUCUCAUCCUCUUUACACUGUGUCUCUCUGGCUCUCUGGCAUUCUCGCUGUUUCUGUCUUUCCCUCUUGCUGUCUCUGUUUCUCAUUCUCUUUCAUGUUCCGUCUGUGUCUCUCAAUUAACCACUUGUCAACUGCUGAUUCUAUAGGGCUGUGGGCUCAGACCUCAUUUCAGGCACCAGAUUGGUCGCUACACCCUGGACAAGUGACUGCCCCUCUCUGAGCCUUGAUUUCCUCAGCUGCCAAAUGGGAAGAAUAGACGAAUUUGCCCCUAAACCCCUCCUGUGUGCUGGCCCUGUGCUAGACAGUGCUGGAGACAUAGUGGGGGUGGAGAACUGCCCUUAUGGAGUUUGCAGUCCAGUGAGGUGGACAGACCUGUCCCCAGACAGUGAUGGCCCAAAAUGGUCAGGAUUUUAAUGGAGGAGAUGAGGUGAUGAAAGCAGAGGCAGAGUGGUCAGGGCUGAAGUCGGAGAAGCACAGGGACUAGGCCCAAUCCAGCCUGGAAAGUCAGGGAGGACUUCCUGGAGGAAGGGACAUCGAACUAAGACCUGAACUAUGAGAAAUAGGCAGGAAGAAGUUGUACCUGACUCAUUUUUCUCAGGUGUCUCCAGGGAGCAGGACCCAUAGAGGGAGCCCUGGUGUAGGCCUGGGCGAUAGACUCUUCCUCAGCACCCUGGCAGGCAGGAAACGGACAUAGGACCCCAGCCCAGAUCUGAAUGGCAUGGGAGGUGCUGCCCUUAACCAUGACACCAUUGUAAGAGCUGUGCCCAUUUGUAUGUUGUGCCCUGGAAUCAGCCUGGUUGAGCUUAAAUCCCAACUUAGCCACGUCUGGCCUGUGUCUUUGGGCAGUCACACUACCUCUCUGAUUUUGUUUCCUUAUCUGUAAAAUGGUGAUCAUCAUAAUACGACUUCAAAAGAUGAUUUCAGGCUAAGUAUGGUGGCUCACAUCUAUACGCCCAGCACUUUGGAAGGCUGAGGAAGGAGGAUCGCUUGAGGCCAGGAGUUUGAGACUAGCCUGGACAACACAGUGAGACCUUAUCUCAACAACAACCACAAUAUCUAAAAAUUAGCUGGGUGUGGUGGUGCACGCCUGUGAUCCUGGCUACUCCAGAGGCUGAGGUGGAAGGAUCACUUGAGGCCAGGAGUUUGAGGCUGCAGUGAGUUAUGACGGCACUGCUGCACUCCAGCCUGGGGGACAGAGUGAGACCCUGUCUGAAAGAGAGAGAGAAAGAGAGAGAGAGAAAGAAAGAAAGCAAGAAAGAAAAAGAAAAAGAAAGAAAGGAAAGAAAGAAAGAAAGAAAGAAAAAGAAAAAGGGAAAGAUGGAAGGAAGGAAGGAAGGAAAAAGAAAGAGAGAGAAAGAAAAAGAAAGAAAGAAAAGGAAAGAUGGAAGGAAGGAAGGAAAAAGAGAAAGAAAGAGAGAAAGAAAAAAAAAGAAAGAAAGAAAGAAAGAGAAAGAGAAAGAAAGAAAAAAAGGAAAGAAGCGGGGCACAGUGGCUCAGUCCUGUAAUCCCAGCACCUUGGGGAGGCCAAGGUGGGAAGAUCGCUUGAGGCCAGGAGUUUGAGACCAGCCUGGCCAACAUAGCAAGACCCCAUCUCUACAAAAAUAAGAAUUUUAAAAAGGGCUGGGGCAUUUGAGCCAGGUCCCAACAGUAGACAAGUAGAAAAGGCAUGGAGAGGGCAUGCCAGAUGGAGGAGCUGUGUGCAAAGGCCUGGAGAUGGAAAAGCAUGCUGGCCACCAGCUUCUGACAGGCAGUUUAGUAUGAACGGUAUGGAGGGAAAGACGGAAGGACGGCAGAGGGGUGGGCACAAGCACCCCUUAGUGUCCUUAAAUGACAAGCAUGGGAACCUGGUCUCUUUCCUGAGGGCCCUAGAGAGCCAUGGAAGGGUUUAGAGUAGGAGAGGGUCAUGGUUAGGUUUGGGUUUUAGGAUGAUCCCCCUAGUUGCUCUGGAGAGGUGGAGCAGAGGGGGUACUGAGGCUGGGUGCCUGUGGGAGGCUGAGGCAGGAAUGAAGAGGGAGACGAUGGGCCUGGGCUGAGCUAUGGAAGGGAGGACGGGUGGGUGUGGGGACACUCAGGAGCCAAGUGGACAGGCCAUAGCCCUCACAGACUGGAGGGACGCGGCUAGGGAAGGUCCCACGGAGUGGCCAAUUAUCCCUGAGAUGGGGACCUGGGAGAAAGAGCAGGUUUUAGCGGAGAUGCUGAGGCUGCUUUACAAUAUGGUGGGUGUGUGGGGCAACAGGGACACCCAGGGGUGUAUCAAGAGGUCAUAGGAGGCAGGCCAGGUGGCUCACGCCUGUAAUCCCAGCACUUGGUGAGGCCGAGGCAGGUGGAUCACCUGAGGUCAGAAGUUCAAGACCAGCCUGGCCAACAUGGUGAAAUCCCGUCUCUACUAAAAACACAAAAAUUAGCUGGGUGUGGUGGCGCACGCCUGUAGUCCCAGCUACUUGGGAGGCUGAGACAGAAUAGCUUAAACCUGGGAGGUGGAGGCUCCAGUGGGCCGAGAUCGCACCACUGUACUCCAGCCUAGGCGAGACAGAGACUCUGUCUCAAAAAAAAAAAAAAAAAAAAAAAAAAAGAGGUCAUAGGGGCUGGGCAUAGUGGCUCUCACCUAUAAUCCUAGCAAAUCCUAGCACUUUGGGAGGCCGAGGCAGGAGGAUUGCCUGAGCCCAGGGGUUCAAGACCAGCCUGAGCAACAUAAAAUAUAAAAAUUAGCUGGGUGUGGUGGUGUGCACCUAUGUUCCCAGCUACUCAGGAGGCUGAAGUGGGAGGAUCACUUGAGCCUGGGAGGUCAAGGCUGCAGUGAGCUAUGAUUGCAUCACUGUACUCCAGCUUGGGUGACAGAGCAAGACCCUGUCUCAAAAAAAAAAAAAAAAAAAGAAAAAGAAAAUACAUAUAUUGGAUAUACUAUGUGCCAGGCACGAUUCCAAGCCCCUGAUACAUUCUCUACAUUUUACAGAUGAGGGAAGGAGGUCCAGAGAUGUUAAAUACUUGCCCAAGGUCACACAGAAAAUGGAACACUGGGAUUUGAACAAGCUUUUGGUUGCGCAUCUUUUCCUAUGGGAGCUCAGAAAUAUCUGUUGUCUAGCCCUUUCUCAGCCUCCCAACCUGCUCGGUUCCUUACCUAUGUCACAGUUGACUUUGAGCUAAAGUCAUCUCGGGGCAGCUAGGUUCCUAUGUGAGCUGGUGUUCAUUUCUCACUGUUUCUCCUUCCAAACACCUCCAGGAAGAAAAGCAAGUCCUUUUCAGUCCAAGACAUUAAAAAAGCCAGGCUCAGUGGCUUAUGCCUGUAAUCCCAACACUUGGGGAGGCUGAGGCAGGAAGAUUGCUUGAGCCUGGGAGUUGGAGACCAGCCUGGACAUGUUAACAUAGCAAGACCCCUCUACAGAAAAUGUUAAAAAUGAGCUGGGUGUGGUGGUGCACACCUGUAGUCCCAGUUACUCAGGAGGCUGAGGCAGGAGGAUCACUUGAGCCUAGGAGGUUGAGGCUGCAGUGAGCCAUGAUCACACCACUGGACUCCAGCCUGGGCUACAGAGCAAGACCCUGUCCUAGGAAAAAAAAAAAAGGGCCAGGCACAGUGGCUCACGCCUGUAAUUCCAGUACUUUGGGAGGCCGAGGCGGGCGGAUCACAAGGUCAGGAGAUCAAGACCAUCCUGGCUAACACGGUGAAACCCGUCUCUACUAAAAAUACAAAAAAUUAGCCGGGUGCGAUGGCAUGUGCCUGUGAUCCCAGCUACUCGGGAGGCUGAGGCAGGAGAAUCACUUGAACCCGGGGGGUGGAGGUUGCAGUGAGCUGAGAUCACACCAUUGCACUCCAGCCUGGGAGACAGAGCAAGACUCUGUCUUAGGAAAAAAAAAAAAGAAAAAAAGCAUGUGCUAAAAAAUUCAUCAGGUACUAAAGAGUGUACGGUGGAAGGUAAGUCUUUCUCCCACACUCAGACCAUGGAUGGAUGUCUCAGGUCUUCCCAGGCACAUUCGAUGUAUGUACCAGCCAUAUGCAUGUGUGUGUCAUUUAUUUUUCACUCUACACAAGUAGUACCUAAUAUGGUGAGGUUGUUAUGAUUACAGACUCUGAAGGCAAAGUUCCUGGGUAUAAAUCUGAACUCUAUCACUCCCAAGCUAAGUGGCUUUGGGCAAGUGAUUUCACCUACAUGUGCCUCAGUUUGCUAGUCUGUACAAUGGGAUGGUAAUAGCACCUAUCUCAUGGACUUGAGAAGUCAGCAACUUCAUACCUGUAAAGCCCUUAGAGCUAGCAGUGUGUGGCACUCAAUAAAAUGUUGACUAAUGAUGAUUCUCA